UCAUCCUAGUCAUACACUUAAACAAAAUUCUGCUAUGUGUCCAUAUAAUUCUUUAGUACAGAGGAAGUUAAAAAGUGAUUUGGGUUUUACUAUCUUUUUUUGAGCUUUCCUUCAAGAGUAACCCAGAAUUGAAAGCCACCAUAGUUUGGCUCCGAGAGUCCUUGAAGACUAAAAUGUUAGCGUAAUAGUCCUUAUAGGAAAUACCGCAUGUUAUGCUGAACUAUCCAAUCUAUUCUUAAUAGACAAUUAUUAAAUAGGGGAAUAGUUGUCACUUCACCAUUUGCUUAUCAAGAGAUUUUUAUUUACUCACAUGACAAUCUCUUUUCUUGUAGUUUCCAGAGACAAAUAUUCAGUCCAGGCAUUUUCAUUGUCAUACGUCUUGGACUCAUCAACAAUCUUCUGAAACAUAGUUCUCUUUCUUCAAAACACCCAAGAGAAUGAAAUAUACACAGUAUGUCUUCCUGGCAACACUCCUCUCUCGUACUGAACACUGCCUGGCUCAAAGCUGUACAGUGGAUUCUUUCUCUGUGAAAGACAACUUCGAUCCAAAGAGGUAUUCAGGGAAAUGGUAUGCCCUAGCAAAGAAGGACCCAGAAGGCCUCUUCCUUCAGGAUAACAUCUCUGCUGAAUACACCAUUGAGGAGGAUGGCACAAUGAUUGCAUCUUCCAAAGGCAGAGUGAAGCUCUUUGGAUUCUGGAUGAUCUGUGCUGAUAUGGCUGCUCAGUACACAGUCCCAGACCCCACCACUCCAGCAAAGAUGUACAUGAGUUACCAAGGUCUGGCAAGCUACUUGUCCAGUGGAGGGGACAACUACUGGGUGAUUGACACUGAUUAUGACAACUAUGCCAUUACUUAUGCCUGCCGCAGCCUGAAAGAGGAUGGCACUUGUGAUGAUGGAUACUCCCUUAUCUUCUCACGCAACCCUCAUGGGCUCCCACCAGCCAUUCAGCGCAUUGUGCGACAGAAGCAGGAAGAGAUUUGCAUGUCUGGCCAGUUCCAGCCAGUGUUGCAGACAGGUGCCUGCUAAGGAAUUACACCUGUGAUCCUAUUUUAAGACCUGAAACUAGAUCUCUGGGUCUUGAAGUUGUCAUUCUCUUAAAAAUCAAAUAGUUUGGACCAAUGUUUUUUUCCUGAAAAACAUGUUAAAAUGUUAUUUUUUUUGUAACCCAACUGCAAUUUUCAAAGGAAUAACGUUAAUGUGAAAUGUUUUUAAAGAAACCUCUAAACAUGAAUUUUGCUAUCUACUGCCUGUCUCAUUUAACCUAGCCUCCUAUUUUAACUUGUAAGUAACAAAGCCUGAUGGGCCAAGAAGUCUGAUGUGAGAUUGAUACAGUGUGAUCCUCUCAUUCCAAGUUAAUAUGGUAGAACAUUUACUGCUAGUAAAUAUUAGUGCUGAAUGCCCCAAUUGGGGUUGGGGUCCCAUUGUGCUGGGUAUUUCUAGUCAGACAACUGGCAUCAAACAAAUUCAAACUAAGAACACAAUAUGGGAUCACACGAGAGGCUGGCUUCCUAAAAGCUCAGAAUACUGAAUCCCUGGUUCCUCUUAAGGGUUGAACAAGCGCAGCCUCAUCAAAGCCCUGUGCAGCUGCUUGAUCCAAGCUCCUGGCUACUAGUCCUAACACUAGGUAUCAAAAUUCUUCUUCCCACCACCUUCCUCCACCCUCCUGUCUCAUCAUCUGGGGAACAAUAGGUUUUGUGCCAAGGAGUUGCUUUUGUCUGUGCAGAGAGUCAGAGAAGUAAUGGGUAGUAUACCGUUCCUCUUAGGAAGACCGGGGGGCGGUGGCUGAAAAGGCAUUUUUCAGUCACACAAUUCCCUUUCCAUGGGACAUGACUGAUCCUCAGAUGUUAGUGGUUUUCUGUGAAGAAAGCUCAGCCCACUGACUUGAUAUACCACCACGUUAUGCUGACUCAUGCAAUCCUGUAGCAAGGGCAUCUAGUAAUUACUUGGGAUAAGACUGCAGCCAAAUCAAAGUGCAUGGUAAAAUACUGGCACUGCCUAGCGCUCGGCAAAUGAUUGAUUUUUAAGUUUGCUGGCAGUUGGGAACAAUUGGGGAAAAGUUUGGUUGCAAAUAGCAUAUAAAUUCCUGUUAAAGGCUCUUCUAGCUUGAGUGUGGAUAGUGCACCAGGAAUGUGGUGAGCUCUCCUUAAAGGGUAAGCGGUUUGUUCUCCCCAAGCCUCUAGUCUGCAUUGCCUCUGAUAUUUAGCUAUAAUAGACGUAUGCUAGUUGAGGAUAGCAGUCUGCUCACUGCCCUCCAAAAGGAGUCUUCAAUUGUCAGGAAGGGGAGAAAGAUUGCUAAAGGUCAUGUUUAUAGCUAUGGGCAGUAUGAAAACCGGAGUAUGAAAUGCAUAGAUACCACUGACCGGCAAACAAUUUAGAUACACACUAGUAACCUAUAUGUAAACUACUGUCGCGUGUUCUGAAUAAAUGUACGCAGUCCAUCUGGUCAUGCUGGACUAAUACAGUAGUCAGUGGAAUGAUUUAACACCUUACUAAUUACCUCUCUGUCCUUUAAGGUAGUAUCAGGGAUGAGUUGUGUCAACUUAGGACUCCAUCUCAAUUGAUUAGACAAGUAAAGUCUUAACUAAAGGAAGUUUAGCCUUUGGUGAAGACCUUUGGACCAAUAUGCCACCUUCUGGAAAACUGGGAACUUUAAUGCUCAUACAUAAUUAGGACCUGGGUAUGGCCCAAUUGGUGUAUUGCGUAUGGAUUAAUUUCUUAGACUCCAGUGGUUGGUAAGAGUUCAGUCUCCUACACAGCUACAGCACCUGGAAAAUUAUCACCAAUGGUAUUAGAAUAAGAGACCUAAGGGGCACUGGAGAAACAAAUGCAAUUUAUCACAAGUCCCUUUAUUAACAAAUCUGCUAAGCAGAUAAAUAAUCCCACCAACACUGAACUACCUCAGCAGACAGGGAGAGAGAACCAAGUGUUUAGUCCUGUGACUGGCAUUACUUACAUCUCCCAAGCAGCAACUGAGCCCCAACACUCAACUGCACCGGUGAGCACUGAGUGCCCGCUAUGCCCUGC